AAACACAGUUGGCACACAAGUGUUUUAAUAAUUGGCUUACAGCUCAAGUGAAGUUGCUGUAUAAUCAAGAACACAAUGUUUUGCUAUAAUUUAGUGGCCCAACAAUCACCUCCAAUUUUGGUUCAAUCACAAUAUCCAUCAAAACCCAGGGGGUUGCCUGUGAAAGUGGUGUCUGCCUGCUGCACUGAAUGUCCUAUAUUUAGUAAGGUUGAGGUUAAACAUGUCAUUUCAGGUCUUGCGGCAUCGAUCCUAUGUCUCUCUCCAAGUAACAUGGCUUUUGCAGCAGACCCUCCUCAUUACAACAGUGUGUUCCAACUUGCAAAUGUUGCAGACAGCAUGCCAACACUUCCAUUGGAGAAGGGAAAUGAUGGUGGAAAGCUGAUGAUGAUGCGAGGAAUGACAGCGAAAGACUUUGAUCCAAUCAGGUAUUCUGGAAGAUGGUUUGAAGUAGCUUCCCUUAAACGUGGAUUUGCUGGACAAGGUCAAGAAGAUUGCCACUGCACACAGGGCAUUUACACUGUUGAUAUGAAUGCACCUGCUAUCCAAGUAGACACAUUUUGCGUUCAUGGAGGACCCGAUGGCUACAUUACAGGCAUAAGGGGAAGGGUUCAAUGCCUUAAUGAGGAGGAUAAGGAGAAAGAUGAGACUGAUCUAGAAAGGCAAGAAAUGAUUAGGGAAAAGUGUUACCUUAGGUUUCCUACACUGCCGUUCAUCCCCAAGGAGCCUUAUGAUGUGAUUGCAACUGAUUAUGAUAACUUCGCACUGGUUUCUGGAGCUAAAGAUAAAAGCUUCGUUCAGAUAUACUCGAGGACGCCCAAUCCAGGACCAGAAUUUAUCGAGAAGUACAAAAACUACUUGGCAAGUUUCGGAUAUGAUCCGAGCAAAAUCAAAGACACUCCACAAGACUGUGAGGUAAAGACUACCAGUCAGCUAUCAGCAAUGAUGUCAAUGUCCGGAAUGCAACAAGCUCUAAACAACCAAUUUCCUGAUUUAGAGUUGAGACGCCCUGUUCAAUUCAACCCAUUCACAAGCGUUUUCGAAACUCUCAAGAAACUUGCUGAGCUUUAUUUCAAGUAGUGAAUCCACUUGAAUUUUAUGACAGAUAUAUAUGUAUUACUUGUAUAGUGCAUAGUUCUUAUGACUAGUGGGUGUAACACAUUGAACUAAAGUUCAAUUAUGAAUGACAUACACUCCAGAAAAAUAUAUAUGU